AUGCAGCCCCCGCCCGUGGGGCCGGUCCUGGCCUCAGCCUCGGCUGCCGCUAAGGAGCCGCGGCUGGCCCGCUGGUUGCGCUGUGGCAGCGGCAUUCUGGCGCACCUGGUGGCUUUAGGCUUCACCCUUUUCCUGACCGUGCUGUCCCGGCCCGGGACCAGUCUCUUUUCCUGGCACCCUGUGUUCAUGGCCUUGGCGUUCUGCCUGUGCAUGGCUGAAGCCAUCCUGCUCUUCUCUCCUGACCACUCCCCAUUCUUCUUCUGCUCACGAAAGGCCCGGAUCCGACUACACUGGGUAGGGCAGACUCUGACCAUCUUGUGUGCUUUCCUGGGCCUGGUCUUCAUCAUCUCCAGCCGGACCCGAAGUGAGCUGCCUCAUCUUGUGUCCUGGCACAGCUGUGUGGGAUCUCUGACACUGUUGGCCACUAUCGGGCAAUCCUUGUGUGGCCUUAGCCUCCUCUGCCCUCGGGCGGCCAGGGUCUCUCGUGUGGCUCGUCUCAAACUCUAUCACCUGACAUGUGGGCUGGCGGUCUACCUGAUGGCCACAUUUACAGUGCUCUUGGGCAUGUACACGGCAUGGUUCCAGGCUCAGAUCAAAGGGGCUGCCUGGUACCUGUGCCUAUUCCUGCCUGUCUAUCCAGCCCUGGUGAUAAUGCAUCAGAUCUCCAGUGCCUACUUGCCAAAGAAAAAAAUGGAAAUCUGA